CAGUCUCGUCGAGCAUUGAAAAAGAUGUCUAAACAUAAAUAACAUUGAGGAAUCGUCCACUGUAAAAGUAUGAGAUCUGCUCCAUGGACUAUUUCAUAACAUAGUUGAAGGAUAUACAAUAUAGGGCAUUAUCGAAGAGCCUUUAAUCCUUGAUAUACAAAAUGCAGGGUAUAAACCAAACAUUGAAUCAACUGCUCCUAUUGAUGUUGAUCGGACUUGUCAUCUUGUAUAGCUAUAUUUGGAUAUGGCAUGAUCAAACUUGGACAGUUAACACCACUCAUUUAAACCACAUACAAAACUACGAAACAUCUAAACAAAGGAAAAACAAUGGCAACCCCAAAAAAUGGAAUCAGAUUCGAUCUCAUAACGAUAUUAGAGAACCCUCAGUACACCACUAUCAGGGGGAGUGCAAAGAUGGGUCAAUGUCAUCACAGUUGUCAUUGAGAAUGUUCAAGUCAAUUGAAACAAUAAUGAACCCACCGGACUGUUCAAAAGCAAAGUAUCUAUUGUGCGAAUGGCCUUUUAUGGCAUGGGGGCUUGGAUCAAUGAUGCACCAAAUAAGUUAUUGUUUCUCCGUUGCCUUGGCAACCAAUAGAGUGUUGUUGAUAAGUGCCCAAUGGAAAUUCAUUCCUGAAAGUUGGUAUUAUUACUUGUUGCAACCAAGUACUAAAUGCUGGGAUUUUCAAUACACAAACUAUACCUUUUGGUAUGACCUGGAUAAUAGUAGUAUAGAAAAGAGCAAUGUCCAAGUUGUGCGGUUAAUACUUAUGACCAAUGCACUGAUUAAGAAUAAAACACGGCCAAGGCCACUUCCUGAAAACUUAAUGGACAGUAGUGCGUUAUGGAACAAACUCACCCAACUUCACCAAUCACCUGCUUUGUGGGUGAUUGGGCAAUUGAUGGGAUACCUCAUCCAGCCUUCUCCGUCGUUCUCUCAACAAUUAGAGGAUCUUAAACGGGCGAUAGGUUUCGUACAUCCAAUAAUUGGAGUUCACAUACGACGCGGUGACAAGAUCACUGAAGCCGAUCCAAUCCCCACUUACAAAUACAUUGAACGCAUUGAAGCAUAUAUUAACCAAUUAGGUUACAGGACUUCUAACGACAAGGUGCCAUCUAUAUUCUUCGCAUCAGACAACAGAAAACUGAUUGGUCAGAUCAAACAACACUACACGCAGUAUAACAUCAUUCAUGUACCACAUUACUUUUCUAAAACACAUUUAGAUCUUAUCAUGUUUGAUAUUCUGCUUCUGAAGGAAUGUGAUUAUUUCAUCGGAACAUUUUCAUCUAAUGUUGGUCGUCUUGUAUACGAGCUACAACAGAGCAUGUACGCAGAUGCAAGUUGUCUGGCAGAAUCACUAGAUGACAGUUACACUACCGUCUAUUGUUGUGGCCUAAGUCAUAAUCAACAAAAGAUGGGACAUUUUCAACCAAAUUGUUCGUUUGAAUCUACCAGACAACAAUAUGAUAUUAUUGAAGCAUGUAAUUAAGUUAGUAUUCCUUUUUUGGACAUUUUUCCAAGAAAAGUAUAAUGAUUAUGACAUAUCACUCAAUCAUAUUCAAUCACACUAAAUACAGUCAAUGUGAAUACAUUAGAAAUGAGCAUUUUUUCUAUAAUUUGCAAUGGAUUUAUUUAUCCACAAAACAGCAAUAUAAUGUAGCAAAUGGAAAGCCUCUGUCUCAAUGAAUUUACGAUUCAAUAAUUUUUACUUCCAUUAAUUUAAUUUUUAUAGCUGAAAACAAAAUUCCAAUGAGAAUUUAACAUGGUGUAAACAAAAAUCAAAAAUACGCAAAUCGGGGAGUAAGUAUGCUUAUUGCAGUUACACCCAAAUGUGUGAAGCUUUAAAUAUUCACUAGAAGUCUUGAACACUUUCACUACUUGAAUUUGUUUCGAGAUUGAUGAUUACAGGGUCCAUUUCCUCAAUAUGAUAGAUCUUUUCUCAUACCUUUCUCUAUGUAAACUGAAUACAACUGGAUUUUAAAUUAUCAUACAAUAACAUUACUGGGUAUAGUUCAACGUCGUUAAACUCAAUAACGGCGUUCUUUACUAUUAGAUAUUUUCUAUGCCGUUAUUGGGCCAUAGGACACGUCAGAUAAGAAACGAGGCCCAGGCUAGGUCUAAUGUUGUUGGACUACUGGUUAUAGUUUAACGUCGUUAAACUCAAUAACGGCGCUCUUUACUAUUAGAUCUUUCUUGGCCGUUAUUGGGCCAUAGGACACGUCAGAUAAGAUGCAAUGCAUGAAGAUGAUUUUCAUUGGUGUAUGAUUUGACAUUGGUUGUUCACUUAAAUAGGUACAGUCUGUUUUUACUUCAUAGUCACCAGU